UGAUGGAGGCGCAGCCGUGGGUUAGGGUUACCCCGGAGCCUCGCCUCCCCUCGGGACCUCCCGUAGAUCGCGUACUUCCUCCAGAUCUGAUCCAUGGCGGCUGUUGCUCCCUCUGCUGAACCUGCUGAAUAUUUGCAACCAAAGUUAUCGUUGGAUUCUCAGCCCAAGGCACAGGAUGCUGUUGAGGCUACCAAGAAGCCAACUGCUGUUCAAGGCAAGUCUGCUAAUGGCGAAGCACCAACCGUGCAAAUUCCAUCGGAUAGAUCGUUGACUCCUGGUCUUUCAGAUUUCAUGGAUGCAGGCAUGUGUUAUAUGCCUAAUAGUUAUGCAUCCCACGGUUUCUACUAUGGAAGUUACGAUGGUACCAGCAAUGAUUGGAACCAUGGUUAUGUGAAUCAUGAUGGAGUGGAGAUGCCCCCGGGAGUUUAUGGAGACAUGUACCACGGAUAUGGCUAUGCGCCUUAUAGUCCAUACCCUUCCGCUGGUUCCCCAGUUCCAACUAUCGACGGUCAACUGUAUGGUCCUCAGCAUUAUCAGUAUCCUCCAAUUUUCCAGCCACAAACACCUACCACAGCAUCUCAUGUGCCCAGCCAGACCACUACUACUCAAAACGAAGUGUCCACUUCCGUUGCUGUUGAUCAGCCGGCUGUUCCUGUAAAUACAACCAAAGCAAACUCAAACGGAAUUCCCAGUGGUAAUGUAAAUGGGAAUUGUAAGGGAAGCCACCAGAAUCCAUCACUGACACAUGGUGGUAGGGGGGUCUUGCCAGGUGGCCUUCCUUCUGCGGGUUAUCAGGAUUCGAGAUUCGGGUUUGAUGCAAUGCGUGCAGCCCUGCCGUAUUAUGAUGGGCCUGUUUACUCUACCGGGCAGCACAGACCCAAUACGGCCAACUCAGUACCCUCUGCGGUUUCACACAAUGCUAAUACAAGAAACCACAAUCAGCGCCCUGUGCCUCAUCUCAUGGGUAUGCAUACUCCAAGAUUGACAAAUGGGAUGGGACCUGCAGCUCCUCCUUACAUAAACCGGAUUUAUCCAGCUAACCGACCAUACAAUCAAUAUGGGAAUGCUUUAAAGAAUAGCCUUGGCUUCGGAUCAAGCGGAUAUGAUUCUAGAACUAAUUUGCGCAGUUGGGGAAUGACCGGAGAUAACAAAUACAAGCCUAGGGGACGAGGCAAUGGCUUCUGUCGUUUCGGUUAUGAUAAUCAGGACGGGGUUGGUGAGCUGAAUAGAGGCCCAAGAGGGGACCGCACCAAAUUUCAUCAGAAGACAUUGGGACCUAAUGUUACUAUUGCUGUGAAGGGACAGACUCUCCCCACAAUAGGGAAAGAGGAUACAAGUGUUGUUCCUGAUAAGGAACAGUACAACCGAGCAGAUUUCCCUGAAAAGUACAUUAACGCAAAGUUCUUCGUCAUUAAGUCGUAUAGCGAGGAUGAUGUUCACAAGAGCAUCAAGUACAAUGUCUGGGCAAGCACCCCCAAUGGAAACAAGAAGCUUGAUGCUGGGUACCAAGAAGCUCAGGAGAAAGCUGGAGGAUGCCCUGUUUUCUUGUUCUUCUCGGUGAACACGAGUGGACAAUUUGUGGGUGUUGCCGAAAUGGUGGGCCCAGUUGAUUUCAACAAGACCGUGGAGUAUUGGCAGCAAGACAAGUGGAAUGGUUGCUUCCCUGUUAAGUGGCAUAUUGUGAAGGAUGUCCCUAACAGCAUCCUGAAGCACAUCACUUUGGAGAACAAUGACAACAAACCAGUAACAAACAGCCGAGAUACACAGGAGGUGAAGUUGGAGCAGGGCCUCGAGAUGCUUAAGAUUUUCAUGGAUCAUGUAAGCAAGACAUCCAUCCUGGAUGAUUUUGUGUUCUAUGAGGACCGUGAGAAGGUGAUGCAAGAAAAGAGGGUGAAGCAACAACAGCCUCAGAGACAGAUAUGGGACGGAAGAACCCCUGAUAAUGCUGCUGGUGAGAGAGAGAAGGAUGGGGUCUACGGAAAGCCUAAGCUGCAGAAACCUUUGGAAUCUGUUUCUAUUCUGAGUAAAGAAGCACCCCAUGGUGGUCUCGCUGAGAGAAAGCCGUCUGAGGAAAAUAGCAUGGGCCUGGUUGCUGGUGAUUCCCUGAAGGUUGCGAAAUCUUCAUCUGAGAAGAUUGCCAAUGGUGUUGCCAAUUCUUGAUAGAAAUUAUGAAUCCCUUAACCGGCAAUAGUCAUUAGUAUUCCCCAGGUAGCAAUUUCGGAAAAGCUACAACACAUAGUUUGCACUUAUUUCAAGCUCUGAAGAUUGCAGAGAAUUUUGCAUGAAAAUUGAGAGCAAGGGGAAUAAAAGAAAAGCUUUUCUUCAUAGCCACUGGAGUGUGGUAAGCUAGUUAGUUUUCCUUAUUGCAUCUAAUACUUAGUUUGGUUGCCUGUGUUGUUGUUGUUGGGUUUUUUUUUUUUUUUUUUUUGAAAUAGUUCGUUGGGUUCGAAGAACAUUGGUAGUAUGAGUUUGUCUUGGAAUAAUUUGUUUAGUGCGUUGGUUUUCUUUUAUCUCGCC